ACAUCGCAGCGUAGCCUACGUCUUUGGAGCUUCUUUUGUCCUUUAUUUCUAUUUUUUUUUUGUGUGCUUUGGUAAUGAGCUUGCUGGGGGCCUACAAGAAAAAGACCAGUUACGAUGGCUAUGAAUCUUUGCAGUUGGUCGAUAGCGGCGGAGAUAGCUUCAGUAUCGGCAGAGGAAGCAGCAGCAGCGGCGGCAGCGUCACACUGGCAGGCUCCAGAGCGGCCACCCUUGGACCGAAGGCAAUCCCGCUGAGAGAGGAGGACUGCAGCACCAUGGACAGCUCAGAAAUGGAUGCCAAUUAUGGCGGAGGACUGUUGGAUAUGGUGAAGGGAGGCGCGGGGAAGUUCUUCAGCAACUUCAAGGACAACUUGAAGGACACGUUGAAAGACACCUCCACCAAGGUCAUGCAUCAGGUUUCCACGUACACUAAAGGGGAGCUGGACAUUGCCUACAUUACAUCACGGAUCAUAGUGAUGACCUACCCUGCGGAGUCAGUGCAGAUUGGCUACCAGAACCACAUAGAGGACAUUCGGUCCUUCCUUGACAGCCGCCAUGCCGACCACUACACUGUUUUCAAUCUAUCACAGCGCAACUACCGCGGCGCCAAAUUCUCCAAUAGGGUUUCAGAGUGUAAUUGGCCAUCUCGCCAGGCUCCCAGCCUCCACAACCUGUUUGCUGUGUGUAAGAACAUGCACAACUGGCUCAAACAGAAUCCCAAGAAUGUUUGUGUCAUCACCUGCUCGGAUGGCCGUGCUCUCUCUGGUGUUUUGGUUUGUGCCAUGUUCUGCUUCUGCCACCUCUUCAACAACCCAGUUCCUGCCAUGCAGCUGCUCAGCGCCAAGAGACCAGGUUCCGGCCUCUGGCCCUCACACCACAGGUACAUAGGCUAUGUGUGUAGCAUGGUGUCAGAGAAGCCCAGUCUACCCCACUCCAAGCCCUUGAUGAUCAAGGGUCUCACCAUAACUCCGGUCCCCUGCUUUAACAAGCAGCGCAGUGGCUGUCGGCCCUUCUGCGACGUCCUCAUCGGGGAGACGAAGAUCUUCACCACUUCACAGGAGUACGAGAGGAUGAGAGAGCACAGGGUCCAAGAGGGUAAGAUCGCUUUCCCUCUGGGUGUGAGUGUGCAAGGAGACGUUAUUGUUUCAGUCUACCACAUGAGGUCGACCAUCGGAGGACGUCUGCAGGCCAAGGUGUCCAACACCCAGAUCUUCCAGAUACAGUUCCACACUGGCUUCAUUGCGCCUGGUACCACCAUGUUAAAGUUUAACAAACCAGAGCUGGAUGCAUGCGACUCUCCUGAGAAGUAUCCCCAGCUUUUCCAUGUGAUACUGGACGUGGAGGUGGAAGGGGUGGACAAGCAAAAGGACCUGACGCCGCCGUGGGAGCAGUUCCCCGUUAAAGACCUCAACCCCAACGUGCUCUUCUCCUGCCACCAGGAGCACCAGGACGCACUGGCUAUCGCUGAGCCAAGUCGGCCCCACGGAGGUCCAGACGGUCGGGGCCACGGCGAGGAGAGCGAGCCCUCGGAUGAUGAUAUGCUCUCUCUCUCCAGCCAGCGAAGCAACGCCAGCACGGCCCCCCAGAAACUCGACCCUUCUGCGCCGAUGCCUGCCACCUCUGCACCCGCUGAAGAAAUGGAUCUUCUUGGCCUCGAUGGGGAGGAGAUCAACUGUCCUUCAUCUCAGCCCCCGUCUGCUGCAGCCGCAACCACUGACCUCCUAGGGGACUUGUUCGGGGGCCCACCCCAGCCAACCAGUGGGGCCUCAUCUGCCCAGUCCACACCACAGAAAGUAGUCCUAAACACUGCCUCGCCAUGUCCCUCUCCUGCGCCAUCAGGUUUUGAUCCCUUUGGGACGGGUCCCAUGCCUAAGCCUCAGGACAUGAUGGGUUCAUUCCUUGGAGCAGGUAAUGUGGGGCAGCCAGACCCCUUCCUGCAUGCUACACGCUCUCCAUCACCCACCCUGCAGCCUACAAGCUUGGGCCGGGGUUCCCCAGUCCCGCCCGCCACCCCAACCGUCAACAUUCAGCAGCUAAAUGCAAAGGGAGGAUGGGACUGGACCAGACCUGCUACUACAAGCACAGGCUUUGGUAUGGGCAGUCGGUCAGCAACUACAAGCCCCACAGGCUCGGUCCACAGCACCCCCACCCACCAAACCCAGCCAAACACCCUGGACCCGUUCGCUGACUUAGGCAACCUCGGGGGAAGCCUUGGAGCAGGUUCUGGCUUUUCCAGCAAACCCACCACUCCUACUGGAACUGCCCCUUCCGUCCCUCCCAUGGGCUCCCCAUCGCGACAUCCUCCGUCUCCCCAGCACGCAGAAGGGUGGCAGUCCCACACAGGAGCCGGCUUCCCCUCGUGGCAGCCAGGUGCUGGAGGCGGUGGAGGAUGGCCACAUCAAGGACAGGGCCCUGCCCCGCAGCCAAAGCCCAGCCCCAGCCACACCCCCAUACCUCACACAUCGCCCCAGAACCGACCCAACUACAAUGUCAGCUUCUCUGCAAUGGGAGGGGGCUCGCCCAGCGCAGGGGGCAAAGUACAGGCUUCCAUGGGUUCUAAGCCCAAAGCCUUUCAUGCCAACUUUGAUGACCUGCUGUCUGGUCAGGGCUUUGCAGGGGCCAAAGAGAAGAAAGGGCCCAGGACUAUAGCAGAGAUGAGGAAGGAGGAGAUGGCCAAAGAGAUGGACCCUGAGAAAAUAAAGAUUCUGGACUGGAUCGAGGGGAAGGAGCGUAACAUCCGUUCUCUACUGUCCACCAUGCAUACUGUGCUGUGGGAGGGAGAGACGCGCUGGAAGCCUGUGGGCAUGGCUGACCUGGUUACUCCAGAACAGGUCAAGAAGGUCUACCGCAAAGCUGUCCUGGUCGUCCAUCCAGAUAAGGCGACAGGACAGCCCUAUGAACAAUAUGCCAAGAUGAUUUUCAUGGAACUAAAUGACGCCUGGUCAGAAUUUGAUAGCCAAGGACAAAAACCCCUCUACUGAAUAAAUAGUGAGAGGAAGUGAGCGAGGAGAGGAUGUCCUGAUUAUGUCAUCCAAUCCUAAAAAUGUGUCCCCACUUCUUAUCAACAUACUACAGCCGUUCCCUACAACAUCUGCCUUUAUACCUGUGCUUUGACCCAUACUUCUCUUCCCACAAACAAACAUAGAACAUCCUGUUGAUCUGCAAAUAUGGAAAAAGACUUACAGAGCUCCAGUGACCAACGGUGUGACUGAACAAAUGACUCCCCGUAGCUAAAAUGUACCUAUCUAAGGUAUGUAUGCGGUGCAAUGUAGUCCUUCCUUGUUGAGUGUCCUUAGCCCUGAAAAAAACCACCAAUCAAAGCAGAGUCACCGGCACGUCUAGAAAAAACAAAAGAAACGCUUGAUUCAGAGGAGACAGAUCAAAAGAGAGCGUGAUAAGAGAAAAACACAUCAGGGAGUAAACUGAUCAAGCAGACUGCUCAAAAUAAGGGAUUCAGAGCACCAGAUAGUCUGUAGGGCACAAAUAAGCAUUUAACAUCAAUCAAGCCACUUACCCACAAAACAUUCUGUUGUACUUUGUGCGGAAAUUGAAUCCAUGAUCAGUUCUGUCAUAUCAAAUUCACGCUUCUUCAUGGAAUUGAAUGUUCUCAGAAGAACAGAUAAGAGAAGAAGCGUUAAGUUACGAUAUGUUUUUCACUGACAAACCUGUUUUCCAUCCAAAACAAGCGGAGGUAAACAUUAACAAUCAAAUUUAAAAAGUGCAAAAAGAAUUAAAGCAAAUUGCUUUUAACAGUAACUCUGAUUACAGGUUGGCUUCCAUCUCCAUUAGCCUUAUUUAUUAAGUCUGCUGAGGAUAAUUGAAAAUGAAAAUUAUGGGGCUCUACAAUAAAAACUGCGACAAUUUCAGUUUCUGAGUUAAUAUUCAUAUGACAGAUUAACAAAAAGGUGUUUGUACUGUAGGAGAAUGCUUUUUCAUUGGUGUGUCUGAUGUAAUCAAGCCUUGUGUGUUUCCAAGUCUGCAGGGAACUGAGGAUUGUAUACUGUAUUUUAGGAUGAGCACAUUCCAUACAUGACAUGUACAGUUCCAUACAUGAAGCACCUCGAGGCCUCAUGUGUACUCACUCGUACAGUAACAUGUAUUUUUGCGAGGGAGCUCUGUGAAAGCACAAACUUUUACUCGGUACAGCGUUGAAGGAAAGCCAUUGUUAUUUAUAUGUUCAUCUUCAUUUUGUUGUUUUGUUUAUCAGACCUGCUGCAUUUUUGUGGUUUAAAUGAACUGCACAUGUCAUCAGCUAACUUAUGUAAAGGACAUGUUUGGGAUAUUUUAGACCAUUAUAGUUUAACUCAUUAACUGACUGUCAAGCAAAACACGGGAAUCAUUUGUAAGACUAUAUCACAAUUUUUGAGUGUAUAACUUUUUAUAGUCUGCAAUAACUUUUUCCAAACAACAGAAGUGACGCUUGUGUGCUGCUGUCGUUACAAACUUCCCACAAUGCAAAAAGAAUCGUGGGUUGAUUUUACAAAGAUGGGAAAUGUUCUCAUACUGUAAGAUAAUAUAUCGUAAUGAUUGAAUUUUGUGCUUUACUGGAUCUCACUUCUUCAUAUCUCAAAUUCUUCAUUUCACUCAGAUCCUACAUAUAUAUGCUGUCAUUACAACACUGAUUUGCAAUGAUUGCAACAUGUUUUUUUGUUGAAUUACUUUAUGUAAUUUGUUUACGUUUGAGAGACAUUUCUGUCACAGCACUGACACUUUUAUUUAUAAUGAUCAUGCAGCUUUUUGUCUGGAUGAGUAAUACUGACACUAUUUCAUAUCAACACACAUGGCUGUAUGUGUUGCAGGUUUGUAAUAGUUUAAAUCUAGAAGAGAUAUGAAUUUUUUCCAAAUAAUUUCACUGAUAUAUGGAAAUUGACUCCUAAGAUUUUCUCCUUGUGGAAAAAAGUAUUUCACACUCCUGGGAUGAAGUCCAUGGGCAAAUGACAAACAUGCAAAAACAGAACAAAAUGUAUUUACUGAUUAGCAAGUCGAAACUGAAGCAAUUCUGAAUUUAUUUUAGGGGUUUGACAGGAAACUCAUAUGAUCUUAUAACAUCCUUCUAACAACAGAGCUUUACUGUAAAGUGCUGUUGUAUUCUGAUGUAUGACAUCUGUUAUAAAAAAAAUGUGUUUAAAGUCCAUUUAGCAGAAUAUUUGCCUUCACAUUUUCAUAAACUUCUUUAUACCGUUUUCAUGCUGUCAUUCUCUCUGUUUUCGCGAUAUAGAUUUUUAACCAUGUUAAUGUUUUUCCCUUUGUUGGACUUCAUUAUUGCCCAGGAUUCCCAGUUUGUUCAUCUGUGUUGAGGAUGUUUACUACACUGACCAGUGGAAAAAGAUUAUGACUGCUCUAAAGCGCUGUUUCUUCAACUGGACAGAGCGUCUUGACUAAAAUGGGUCCCUGAAGAAGACUCUUGGUCUCAUGUUGAAAAUGUUAAACUCUAAUCUAGAGGCCACUGCUUUCUUUGGCGACUUAUCAAACACAGGAAGUAUGUAGUAUGUGCUUCUGUGCUCUAUUUACACCGAGGACCUACAUGUGAAAUAACCCUCAUAAGCUCCCUCGCUGACUGAAUUCUCUAUCUGAAAUCGUACGGCUAUGUUAAAAAACUAACCUCUCUAUAUUGUAGUCAAUGGAUGUGUGUUGUUUGAAGUCGUGGUAUGUAUGAAUACAGAAUUGGAUACAGACUACUGUACGUUAUGUGUUUGCCUGUCUGCUGUUCAAGUAUUACUAAACUGUGUAAAAAUGAUGUUCAUGUGUUCCUUUUCAGGUCUGUUUACCAUUACAGGAUGUACAUAAUGAUCAAGUGCGGUGCACAAAAAUAAAUAGUAAACAGAAAACAGAGGCAGCAUUCAUCAGA